UUGAGGACUGAGAGCAGGGUAAGAAUUCCCACAUGGAAAAAUACAUGCAGUCAGAAAGUUUGGACUCUGCUGAGGAAGACAAGUAAAUUUGGGGGGAAAGGGUGAGAAUUUAGGUCGGAGGAAUCUUGAGGAGGCAAAUCCGGAGGAUCGCUAACGGACUCAUCGGCUUCAGGAUGUCGGUGUCUCGGAGGUGCUUGUGCUGCGUCAAGUAUUUGAUGUUUAUCUUCAACCUGGUCUUCUGGCUGGGAGGAUGCGGCCUGUUUGGCGUCGGGGUCUGGCUGUCCUUCACUCAGGCCGAGUUCUCCUCGCUUCCCCUCUCCUUCCCGUCUCUCUCUGCUGCCAAUCUGCUGCUGGUGGCCGGCGGCAUCACCAUGGUGACAGGCUUCCUGGGCUGUCUGGGAGCCCUGAAGGAGCAGCGCUGCCUGCUGUUCAUGUUCUUUGUCAUCCUCCUGCUGCUGGUUCUGACUGAAGUAACUCUCACUCUCGUCCUUCACAUUUUCAGAGACCAGCUGGACUCUAAAGCUCAGGAUGAACUAAAGGAAGGAAUGAAAGUUUAUCCCUCUGAACCUGGACUGAAGAAAUCGUGGGACAACGUCCAGAAGAUGAUUCCUCCCUAUCGUCACCUGCAUGGCAGUGGGCAGAUGAAGGAAAUAAAAUUCAAAUGCUGCGGUGUGAAGAACAAGACGGACUGGUACGACGUUCUGAAUGGAACGCUGCCUUCGUCCUGCUGCUCUGUGGGGGUGGACCACUGCGUGGAGGGAUGGAGUGAGCCGUGCUACGACAAGGCGCGUCAGUGGCUGCUGGACAACAUCCCAUCAGUGCUGGUGUUUGGAAUCUGCAUCGGCGUGGUGCAGAUUCUGGCUCUGGUGUUCUCCAUGCUGAUGUACUGCCAGAUCACAUGUGCAGAGAAGUACGUGCACUGACCUACACAGAGUGGAGUCUCCUGCUUCCGUCAUCCACCUGACUGAAGACCAAGGUCACUCAGAUCCAAACUGUUCCCAAAUUGAUUCUGUUGGUUGAUUGUUAGUGUUGCAGUGCAGCAGAUAUUUAAUUGUGUGAUCAGAAAUAUGUAAACAACAAACAUGGCCGACUCAGCGGGCAUGCUGCAGUUUUAUCGUCCAAUCUGAAUAUUCGCGCCAAACAGCGUGUUUGCACUCCCUAAAAAACAGCGGCAUUACACGGCGGUGCAAUUCUGCCUAUGUCCACCAGGGUCGCUAACGCACCCUCUAUAUCGCCAAAUCAACAGCCUUGAAUGAAACCUCGCUAAUUCUGAUUGAUUCUUCUCAUGUCCCCUAUUAUUCGCUUAUUUGAAGACUGUGAAUUGUACAUUUGCUUGUGUUAAUCAUUUUGCUUGUGCUUGAGGUAUUUACGAUGUUUGGCUGAAAUACCAGCUCGCCAUUGUAUUUAUAGUGUCUGUAUAAAUUGAAUUUACCACUUGGAUCAUGCUAGUGUUUCCCUCACUUCUCACUGGACUGCACUUCUUGGAUCUACUUGGAAGUGAGUUCAAGGCUGUUUGGCAGUAAAUCAAUGUCUAAAAUGAGCUUCAGAUCUUGCGCGAAUGAACCACACGCCCAUAAGAACAGGUGUGUGUGAGUAUGUGAAGUACCUCCAGGAACCUGAGCAAUAGGUGGAAUACAAAGGCUUUAUAUGUAUGAAACUACUUUUAUGAGAUACAUAUCAACACCCAUACUUUUCUUCAAUAGAAAAACAUUUUUAUUUAUCUUAAAAUAAAAAAUAAAUUCAUCACAUGUACAUUGAUUCAGUGCAUUGGUAAAAAUACAAUAACAAUAUAACAACAAAAUUGUUGUACAGCCAAAUGGGCUUAAAUUCGUCUUCUAAAUCCACAGCAGUGGAGACUUGAAAGUCUCUUGGGGCUCUUCAUAAAUAGACGUCGACAGGAACAACCUUAAAUAAUAGCUGCUAAUAAAACUGCCCUCCUCUAGUGUUGAGACUUUUCAUAAAAAACGUGAAUGUAAACAGACUUGGAUGCAAGUCAUCAGGGCCACACAACACGAUGCGGUAACACAACACAAGUCGUCUCACUGGAACAAUAAAAAAUGUGCAACAGCUGUUCAAUAAAGUCCCUGCAGUUUAAGGUUCGGUCGGAGAACCUGUAGCAUCUGUGUGUUCCAGACUAUCUGCAUUCAAAAGUCCACAGUUGUUGGGCUCAUUUUGUCCCUACUUCACUUCCUGUUUGAGGUCCGACGUUGUCGCUGCUGAACCAUUUAAAUACAAUGACAAGUGUGCAACUCAGUUGCCAUGGAGACAGUCAACAAGCCACGCCUUUCGGGCCACAGGUAAGAAUUGGCUUGAAAGAUGACGAAGUGUGUGUUUGGCUGAGACCAGUGUGUGUUUCCCUUCAGUGAUGAAGGGAAACACACACUGUUAUCAGGACCAGGGUCUCGGGACAGUGA